AUGUUACAAGCAACCGAAAAGGAAUACCUUGACCCCACUAUAACAGAAGAUACAACUACUCCCUCUUCUAAUAAUACCAAACUUAAAAAGGAUUGGUCCAGCGUUAGAGAUAUUCGUCAAGAGACGAAUACUUUUGGUACUCGUUUAUUGGAAAAUAAGGAUGAUGUAUGGCAUCAUAAUGCUUGGGAUCAUGUUGAAUGGAAUGAAGAACAAGAAAAAGCCGCUAAACAAAAGGUAUCAUUGCAAUCAAAUAAUCCAAUGAAAUUAGAAGAUCGACAAAUAUUUUUAAAAAAUCCAUCGGAAUAUUGGAAUACGUUUUAUAAACACAAUGAGAAUAAAUUUUUUAAGGAUCGUCAAUGGUUAAAAAUCGAAUUUCCCGAAUUACAUCACACAACAAAUAGUGAAAGUGGAAAUCAAAAAAUUUUUGAAAUAGGAUGUGGAGCGGGGAAUACAAUGUUUCCUUUACUAUCUAUUAAUAAAAAUCCAAAUUUAUUUAUUUAUGCUUGUGAUUUUGCAGAAAAUGCUGUCCAGAAUAACAAAGAAUAUGAUCUAAAACAUUGCAAAGCAUUUGUCUGGGAUUUGACAAAUAAAGGAAUUCCAAUGGAACAUAUUGAACCUAAUAGUUUAGAUAUUGUUGUGUUAAUAUUUGUAAUGUCUGCAUUAUGUCCUAAUGAUUGGGUCCAAGCGGUUGAUAAUGUUUAUAAUAUGCUUAAGCCGGGUGGUCUUGUACUGUUUAGAGAUUAUGGUAGAUAUGAUAUGGUACAAUUAAGAUUUAAAGAAGGUCGUAUGUUAUCCGAUAAUUUUUAUGUCCGUGGAGAUGGUACAAGAGUUUAUUUUUUUACUUCAGGUUGGUGGAUAAUAUAUGUGUACGUUUUAAUGUUUAAUUGA